CAGUUUUUUGGAUGCGGACGUGUUCGUUUAUUCUAGGUCUAGCACUUCGUAACGUAAGCAGUAUGAAAAUGACUCGGAAAAUGAGUUUCUCGAGAAUCGAGAGUCACUGCAAGAGGCCGGGCAGCUAAAAGCUAAUCAUAUGUAAAGGCUGUUUCGCGAUUCCACUUUUUAUUUCACAUUACUAAGCUUCACAAACUUUCAAGAUAAUCUAUUCAAUCUGUGUGUUAUUACAUACCGGCUCUUGAGUCCGGAAUUUGAUUUGACGACGUGAACCGCUCAAGGAAAUAUUAAAAUCAUUUUUCAAGUGAAAAAGCAAAUACGAAAGGGAGUACGAUCGAUAACUACAACAUUCAGCCACAUUCAGUUGAGACUUUUUUUUUGGGGGGGGGGGGGACACAAACAUGCACGUACUGUACAACUCUGUUUGCGGAUAUUUGUUGACUAUCUAAUCAAUUCAAGGCUGGCUUGGCGCGCGACUCCGCUCUUUAUUUUAAAAAUCUAGACCAUUCUUCUUGUUCGAUUUAUGUCGAAUAAAAUAAAACAUUUACAAAUAAAACAUUUUCGUUAGUUUGUCAUUCGUUUUUUCUAGCAGUUUCUGGCGUUAUUUUUCUUUCUAAAUAUUUUCACCGACUCUUCUUCACCGAAAGAAAAGGCUUCAGACUUGAAAUCCGACUCCUACAGCAGCAGACUACCGAAUUUUCGGCUUGGCGCCAAACAUUGACGAAUAAGCGCUGCGUCCUGCGUCCUUCCAACUGCAACAAUAAUUUAACUAUAUUUUAUCCAACAUACAACAGCUCUUUUAAUGUGUUUUUUCUUAUACUUUGGAAAGCAGAUUUUCUUACCAAGAUGCAAUUAAAUUGUAAAGUCAAUGUGGUGAAUCGCCUGCUUCCUUCAGCUGGACAAUCGGGUCCUAGUCGAUUGGUCUGGUCAAACGUAACACUUACUGAAAACAAAGCUUCCGUCAUCGAAUUAUCUUUAGCCACUUCCCGUAACAAGACCGGGAUGAAAUAUAAAGUUACAAACAACAUUGAACAAAUCUUUUCCAAGUUCGUUAGCCAAGGGAAACUCACACUUAGGUUUCGACAACCAGCUCAUGACUUGUGCCUCAGUGGAGAAGUCAGACACAUGGAGAAAAUUCUUGCAAUUAUAAAGGGAGAAGAUUCACAACUGAAAAAGGGAACUCUUUGUCCUCUUUUGUCAAAUCGUGCCAACAAAGUAGUGAUACCAAAAACAAAGCUGAAUAUUUUAUCUCGUGCAGAUUAUCCAGUAACCACAAGUUUUCCUGAUACACUGACCAGCUUAAAAAUAAGUGGAAUAGCCCUGAAAAAGUUCGACAGAAGGCUUCUCCACCUCAAGGCACUUGAAGUCUUGGAUCUCUCCAGUAAUCAAAUUAGUAUUCUACCUGAAUCCAUCCACACUCUAGCAAAACUAAAACAGUUACAUCUUAACCACAAUGAGAUCAAAGUACUUCCAUCAACAUUCGUCAAUUCUACAAGAGUUAUCUGCUUAGAUAUAAGCCAUAAUCAAUUAGUCAUGAUUCCUAGCUGCAUUUCUCGAGUAUCUGGGCUCCAAAUAUUAAAAUUAGACCAUAACAAACUUAGGAGCCUACCCUCAACCAUUUCUAAGUUACGGAGUUUAAGAACUCUGACUGUGUCCUCAAAUGAAAUCCGAACAUUGCCGGAAUCUUUUCAAACCCUUGCUCUUGAUCACAUUGACGUCUUUGGAAAUCCCUUUGAAAAAAUAGAACAGGAAAUAGCGCUAAAUCCUGAAAGUCUGAAUCUCAAAGUCCCAACACUACGGGCCAUCUCCGCGAAAUCAACCAUUAAGUUCAAGCUAAAGUAUAGCGAAGAAGAUAUCCCCGCCACACUCAUUACUUAUCUCCAUGAAAGCUCCACUACCUGUCCAUGUGGAAAGCUAUGUAUCGACGAUGGAUUACCAGCAGAAGGCGAGAUAAAUCUUUUAAAAGUUUCUGGCAGUGUUACUGGGGACAAAAUUGUGCCAAUGAAAAUGACUCUUUGUACCAUUGCUUGCUUUCAACGAUUUUCUUCUAAAGUGGUAUCGUAAACUCAUCGUUGGAUUCAGCCGUGUUUUAUUCAAAAUUCAAACUAGAAUACAACUAUGUUAAUGUAUAAA